UCACGGAUGGUUUGGGAAGGGCGAUCGGAGCAGCAAUGCCGGCAGGCUUAGGGGCCGCGUACGCCUCAGGGGCGGGUCUGUUGGGGGCGCUGGCUGCCUGCUCGGCGAAGAUGGCCCUGGGCGGGGAUUACCUGCGCGAGGGCUGCGUUGCCGUCCUGGGAGGAGAGGAGGACUCUGCCACUGAUGCUUGCGCCUGGUUACCUUUCCUGCUUCGAGUAGGAUGUGGUGGUCUAAUGCUUGCAUGCAACACUAUAAUGUGGACUUUCUUUGCCAAGGCUCUGAGAUAUUCGUCAUCCUCAGCUGCUGCCACUGUGACUUCAACAGCUGCCAACUUCAUAUCUUCUGCUUUUCUUGGAAAAUUGCUGUUUGGAGAGACCCGUGCCCUGUUGUGGUGGAUAGGGAUAUCUGUUACCCUCCUUGGACUUCUGCUGCUUCACACUGGGCCAUCUCCACUGGGAGAGCAAAAGAACCUGAAAGAGAAGAUGAAGUAGAAACCAGAAGCCCUUUCCAUUUGUAACACAGGCCAGAAAUUCCACCAGGCCAAAACAAAAACAGGCUUUCUUGCUUCUUUUGCCUAGUGCGCA